GUGUUAACAACGCGUUCAACUUGAAUUUGCAGAUCACGUGCGAAUAAUCAAUCCAAUAUAGUAAUUACUUGCAAUAGAAUUAGUGUUUGAUAUUUGAAUUUAACGGUUAAAGGCGUCACGGUGUCGGGAAAAUUUUCGCAAAUAUUUCAGUGGGUAAAAAAAUAAAUGCGACUGUUUUGAAGUGAAAGUGUGGAAAUUUAUUUUCGAAAGUGAAAAAAGUAGAAAAAAAUAAAACAAAUUUGAGACUUCAGUUAACGAAAGUCACUUUUUGCUGUUAAAAUACUCAGAAAUUAACUGUUACUUGUAAAUUAAAUAAAAACGAAAAAUAUGCAAAACGAGCUGAAAAUCGUAUUGGGCGGAGUGUGCCUUAUUUUGGUGCUGCAUUACAGCCAAGCCGAUUUGCCAAGACAAUUGGAAUGUUGGCAUUGUAGUUCGGAGACCAGCGGCGCUGAAGAUUUCUGCGGCGUAACUUUUGACGAGGACAGCGUACCCAGCUCAGAGAUGAUGAAGGAGCACAAUUUCAAUGUACUACGCAAUUGCAGCAGCACCACACAUUCCGAGCAUGAGCGACCCGUUUGUCGUAAGACCGUUGAAGAGAUUAACGGCAAAGUGGUCACCAAACGUUUCUGUUAUUAUACAAACAAAUCCGAUUCGUUGGAUCGCUGCAUGGAAGAGCCCACCGAGAAUAAUGUGGUGCGGAUAUUCUGUCAAGAUUGUCAAGCCGAUCGAUGCAAUAGCGCUGACAAUCAUGUGGCAGCAUGGCUUGGUCAACUUCUGCCACUUUUCUUGGCCAAAUAUGUACGCUUUUAGGCUGUAGAUGGUAGAAGCGAAGAAGAAUAUUGAACUUGAAUUUUAGUUAGGAAUGUAGAAAUCAUAUUUUAUGAUUUUUUUAUGAAAAAAAGAAAAAAUAAAUCUUAA